AUGAGCGUCAAUCGGGAACCCACUUAUCCCUUCGGGGCCGCCAAGCGCUCCAGGAUGAAUGGGCGUCUUAGCAAAGACGGCAAUGCGAUCCCUUUCCCAGACAGUGGCAAUAUGGACCGGAUCCUGUUCGACAGCCAAGUCCGGUACGAUGAGCCGUCGCUCAUCUACCCUCUGACGCACCGCGACUCGAUGUGGUCAGAAGGCGGUCUCGCCCCAUUUGCACUGGGUGUAAGCGGUCUGUACGACGACACCGAGAAGUUCCCCGAGAUCGCCGUGUCUGACUCCUCAUCCUAUGGCGUGCCGACCAUCGUGCCGAGCAAUGCGAGCUCGGUAACCUUCUCGCCACCCCCGUCGACCGUGUCGCGGACGUCGUCCGUGUGCUCUGCCGCUGCGUGGUCUCCCAUCCAGACCGAGUUCACAUCGGACAACUUCAAUGCCUCUUCUUGGUCUCGUGGUCCCAGCCCUCUUCGCAAUGUGGUCAAGCCAUCGCCCCGCGAAACGGUGGAGUACGUGUGCCUAGCACCCCAUUGCAAGGCCAGAUUCUUCAGAGGCGAAGACCUGGAGGCUCAUACAAGCACCGGGCACUCGCACAUCUGCUUGUGGGGCAACAAUGGCCCUUGCGAUAGCGCAGGCUUUGCCACCCGGGAAGAGCUCAACUGGCACGUCAAGAGUGAGCACUUGCUGGAGUGCCCUGUGGCAGUCUGUGCCGAAAGCACCUUUGGAACCCGCGAACUACUAGACUGCCACCUCAGAUGGGCCCAUGGCGGUGAAAAGGUUGCCGCUGAACAGAGGUGCCGGUCGACCAAUCUUUUAGAGGCCGGACCCUACCCAUCAGGUGAUUUGGAUGCUGCUUCUUCCGCUGAAAGGCCAAUCGAGAAGCAGACCGUACCAGCGGAAGACAGCUCCCUGAAGAUGGAGAUGUCCAUCGGGACCUCCAAGAAGCGAUGUCGAGAGCAGGUGAGGACGGUCACGGAAAGAAAGUUGAGGAGAGCAAAUGGCACGCCGAGAGUGGUCGAGAGUCCGGGAUCAUCCAGAAGCCGUACACCAAGGUUGCUGGAGUCGACAAGCUUUCCGAUAGUAUGGGAGCACGGUGUCCUCCCAUUCCUCGUCGAGUUCCUUCCCAAAUGGUGCGGGCCCGGCCAUGUCAUCAGCGUGAGCCGGGGCAGCAAGCCCAACACUCGGCGGAUAUGCAUCAUGACGCGGCGGGUAGUCACAAGGGCUCGGAAAAUUACCAUCGCGGGCCAUGUUCGAGAUCUGCUCCCUGGAACCUACCGAAGUACCAUCACCUUCGUAUUUUCGACGGGGGCCGUGGACCGCCUCGUGUGGGCUCGAGGCCUGGGCAAGGAUAUGCCCGAUGAGGUCUGCUCGCCACGAAAUCCCUUUGCGUACAUCAGCCCGUGUAUGGGAGACAGCAUCGGGGCUAAUUUCAACGAUGGGGAAGAGGCGACUGCAACUUUGGGACCAUGUAUAACCAUCGGCGGCGGCAGUUAUUGGCUCGCAAGCUUCCACCCCUUUGUGAGCGCAAGUCAAGGAGCUUUCCCUGUGACAGUCGAGCACCCGUCGCCAGCGGACCGCGCUCAGUGUUCGAAUGAGAGGCACGACGCACUAACCGGCGAAGGCUUAGACUUCCGGGUCGGUAAUCUGACGGCAACCUCUGGCUAUGACCUGAAUACGACGCGAAUCACACAUGACCCGUAUUGGGAGGACAGCGAUAAGGAGCCUCCACUCGUUGUGACCGACUGGAUCCUGAUCUCCACAGGCAGUCGCCAGGCAAACCUUCUCAGGAAGUUCCCUACGACAACACAGCGACGAGAGAUUCCUGUCACGUCGAUGAGCUCUGUUGUGCCAGGUGCGGUGGUCUGCUCGACUGGGCGUACCUCGGGCUAUCAGAGGGGUCAGGUAUGUGAGGUGCCCGCAUACGUUGACGGAUCCGCAAACGGCACAGGGAAAGCCUCCCGCGAGUGGUACGUCGAGGAGCCAGAGCUUUCUGAAGACGAAGAUGAAUGGAUACGUGGUGGAAUCGGGGUUGAAGGCGAUAGUGGUGCUGCCAUAAUCGACAGUGAAACGAAUGCUCUCAUCGGUCAACUAUGGGGCCGGAGUAAGUAUUUUGGUCCUGGGCCAAGGCAUACCUUUUUCACACCAAUAUCCGACAUCUUCGACGAUAUUCAGGAGCGGUGCGGCCAGCAAUCACGACCCCAGCUUCCACAAUACCGUGACGAAGCAGACCGCUGGCCGACCUACCCAAUCUGCAGACAGUGCUUCGAUUUGCGCGAAUACCUAGACAGCAGACGCAGUUCAAGGGAGUCCUUGAUGUCAAUGAUCGGCAUGCACGAUGGAGGAGCAGGGGAGCACGACAACUAUCUCACAUCGGUAUCUGAGCUAGCGAUGCCGAAAGAUCAGUCCUACUUAGUCCGCCACAUUGGGCCAGACGACGCAACUUCGUCCUUCAGUGGCGUGGUUUCGCCGGCCCCCAUCCGUGCGUUCUAUCCCACGCCUCAGGCAGACUCUCCUGGAAUGUCGGAACUGCGAAGCCCGUAUGCACAAUCCUUGAGCGAGGAAGAUCUUUACGAAGCAAGGUGUCCAGACAUGAGCCGUGUCGCCUUGGGCAAGCGAGCGGCCCUCCCCAUACCGCUGACGCCGCCCAGCAGUCAAGAACUAGCCAAGCGACGAAGAGUCGCAUAG